GGAGCACACGGAGAGCGGAGCGACACGGCGGGACAUUCUUGACCAAACACGACAGAAGAAACAGCAACUUUCACCUCGAAAAUAAAUGUUUUAAUGUCACAAUGACAAAAAUAGUGUCCGGCCAUAUAAACUUAUGUUGUUUCGUUUAAUUAAAAUGCCCUGAGGUAAAACAAGGUUUCAAAGAUGGAGUCCCUUGGCCCACAUGCUGAGGUUCGCCUGGCGGUGGCCCAGUGUUUCCGGACCCUCACUACGUCCACAGAUAACAAAGACAUUGUAAUUGCUCUUCAAGCACUCCACUAUUACUUGGAUGAAGGACCAGAGAGUAGAACCACUUCAGUUCAGCGGGCAGAGUUCAAGAGAGCUCACUUCACUCGUACCCUUCAGUUCCUUAUCAGCAACAUCCAGGCCGACUGGUUCCCCAGCCUCACAGCAGCCCAGCGCACGGCGUUAUGGGACGGCCUGUUCCUCGGAGGCCCUCCGGAGCAGGCGCUGCUGGUGCUGAUGGAGGGAAUAGGAGAGCUAAGAGCCAGCUCAAAUCUGGACCACUUGGUCAGCAUCACUGAGAGGUUCCUUCAGAGUGGUCGACUCUCUGACCUGCUGUGGGCCUACUGCCUGGAGGCAGGGCCUUCUGACUCCCCCCAGUUCAGAGAGAUUCUGCUGGGACGUAUUGUGGCAUUGCCAGACCUCACCGCCAACAGGUUACAUCCAAACAACAAGCCUCUUUUUCUUCCUCAGCAGUACUACCCUCUACUGGCCUCAGAGAUGCUCACUGCCCUGGAGCGGACCUGCCAAGCACUUAAAGAUGGCACCGACUGCUCCUUGACUUUUGUGGCUCAGACACUUGGAAAACUGUGUAUCCAGGGCCAUAGUGGUUUGGUGCUGGCAGUGAUGGCUCCUCGGCUGUCUGUCUGCACACGCUCAGACAUGGUGUGGCAGAGGGUCUGCUGGAAGCUGCUGGCGAAUGUUCCACAGCAAUGGGUGGAGAGCGUGCUCACUGGACUGGUGCAAGCUGUCAGCGGGUAUGAUGCCUUGGGCAGGAUCAUUGGGAAUCUAGUGUUAACAAAUAAAAAAGCCCAGUUUGUUAUCACUCAUAAACUGCUGUUACUACAGUACAAGUAUGAGACUCGUGUCUUGAGAAUUGUUCUGGGUUACCUCGCAGCAGACAGGGAGCGAAGGCCACUGCUCAUCCAGGUGUUACGGUCUGUGUCCCAGGCCUGGGCUAACCCCAGUGCAGUGAAGCACACACCCCUGGAGCAGCAGCUGUAUGUCAGCAAGGCCUUACUGCUGAGUGUGAGUCUGCUGAAAGACUCUGAGCUACAGGAGCUACGCUCAGACUUACUUCAGUGUAUGCUGGGUGGCAUGCAGAGCCACCUGGACAGCAAUGUGGUGCGUAUCAGGCACAUCGGCAUGGUGGUGGGGGAGUGCCUGAGCUCUCGAAUGGAUAUCAAUGGAACCAAGCUGAAAUUUGAGUAUGAUCAAGAUGAGGAAACCCGAGAGCUGCUUUCUCUGAUGACAGCCAUUGGUGAUGAACCGGAGGCUGAGCCUUUAAACGGAGUUGAUGCUCCUCAAGGGACCAAUGAAAUGACUCAAUCUACUCAGAAUGUUUCAUGUCAAAAUAAGUCAGAACCUCUGCCACGGAAAACUGACCCAGACUCUGACCUGGACAGCGAUGAUGAGCUCACUCCGUACGAUAUGUCUGGCGAUCAAGAACUAAGUAAAGCAUCUCCACCCCGCUACCUACGAGACUGUGUGGAAACUUUAAUUUCCUCUGAGGACCCAGUGCGUGUGGAGCUCAGUUUGAGAGUUGCCGAGGGUUUGGUGAGGAAGAACACCUUUGCAACCAGAGAGGUCAGUGUCCAAUUGACCAAAGUGCUUCUUCACAUGGAGGAUAAAUACAGCAUAAAUGGUUUCCUGAGUCUCAGACAGGCGACCAUGGUGGCACUCACUGCCACUGACUCUAUCCCCGUGACUCAGUACUUGACCUCAGAGUUUUACUCUUUGAACUACAGUCUUCGCCAGCGACUCGAUAUGUUGGAGGUCCUUGCUCUGGCAGCGCAGGAGCUCUCUAAGCCAAUCACUGAAAAGAGAGAUGCAUCCAUGGGUAUUGCCGCCACCACUGAUUUGACUCCAUACCCCGGUGACAACCCUAUUCACUGGCGACAAGAAGUAGAGAAGCGGCUUCAAAGCAAGACAAAACGCCUCAGGAAGGGUGCCACACAACCUCCAGCUAAGGCCACCCCAAACCGUUAUGCCCCUGUUGCUGGACAUUUCUUUUUUCCUCUGCUCAGGAAUUAUGACAAGCCUCAGGUGACCUUUGAUCUGUUGGGCAGCGACCAUCUAGUACUGGGCAGGUUGAUCCACACCUUGGGCCUCUUCAUGCAUCUGGCAGUCAAUGCACCGGUAGCGGCACAGAUGGGUCGUGCUUUACUGGACUUUGUGUGGGCAGUGCGCUACCAUGUUGACCAGAUGGUGAGACGAGGCGUCCUCUUCGCUGUUUGCUCUGUGUUUCUGAGCAUGCCCAGUCAAAACCUGCUGGUGGACCUCAGUGAUCAGCUGUUUGAGACCAGAACUUGGCUGGCAGAUGUGGCUGAAGGAGACCCUGAUGCAGAUUGCCGGAGUCUGGCUGUACAGAGUCUGGUACUGAUGGACAAGAGCCUGAAGAAACAGCUACAAGAUCCACAAGUCAUGGAUUCAUUAUCACAGCAUCAACAAUAAACAACUGGGUCUGCUGCUUGGAGCUCCACAGAGCCUGGGGAUUGGAGUAUUGAGGCUGACAGAAAUUAUGUUUUGUAUAUUUGCUGGCAGAGUGGGCUGGCCUUUUUCGGGUUGAGCUGGCCAAUUUUUUUUUAUAUAUAUAUCCUGGAACACAGUCAACCUGUGGAAAAAGAGGGCACAUGUCUUCUGCUGAGUUUGAGAAUUUCAUGCACAUUUCAGUACACUCUACUGUUUAGAUGAACAUAUUGUGAAUAAUUUAUGAACCAUGUAAAAUAUUCAUUUAAUGGAGAAUUGGAUGACAUUUUUGUGUACCAAUAAAAUCUAUGUUAUGAGGAUA